UUGUUACUUUUCGCCUUUACAUCUUCAAGUUUGUGCGAUAAGUCAUUAGACAUAAAUCAUCAUGGCAGAAAUGCAAAUGUUGUAGAGUCUUUUCAUUGGCCAAACAGAGUAUGACCGUCUUGUCGCUCCUCACAGUUUGUUGCAUGAUUUAGUCGAGUUGACCAUAAUCAAGAAUAUGACUGGUGAUAGCAGGGAGUCUUGUCUUGCUCUUGUCUUCAAUUCAAAGUCCUCAUUGAGUUUCCUAUUGUGAAUUGCUUGACAUAUGAUCGUAUUGUUGCUAAGGGAGGAAUAAAGUAGGUUCAUUAAUGUUACAUAUUACUAUUUUCUGACUUACAGUUGAUUAUUUGAUAAAGUUCGAUGUAUAAUUACGUAAUGAUGACUUACUUUGAACUAAUACAAGAUUUUAAAACUAUCAUAAAGCGACUACUUGCUGAAAUUGUAGCCCAGUUAGUUCAAGUGUUCGAAUUUCAACGAAUGAGCCCCAUAUUCGAAUUUCACUUUAUUCUGAGCAAAUUGGUGAUAUCUGUCACUUGUCCUCAUAUACUGAUGACAGCUCAUAUUCCUAGCGAGAUAGGUGAGAUAGAUGACUCAUAUCAGUCUUUAAACGUAGAAACUGACGAACUGCUUGAAGUAAAGUGUCUACAUUAUAAAAAUUCAACUCGAUAAACAGUAUUCAUAAAUUAUGCGUUUGAUUUAGCAUUCCGAAAGCA